UCAGCCCCGGAAUUUUGAAGCUCCGUCUCGCCGAGUUGAGGGACCCUGUCGGGAGAGGUGAACAUCCGCUAGUCCUGGUCCAGUCUAGCGCAAACGGCCCCAAAAUCUGGGAGAUGCAGGCCAGCUGUGAGAAAGUUGUGAGCAGUGAGCCGACGUACGGAUAGCGAUUGAAGGUCCGGAGAGCGCUGGGAGACCACCCUCAACGCCAACCAAGUCAAGAUGCCUCCCAGGUUACCCGUCCCCCAGGGGCUGCGAACCCUUUCGCUGUGCCUCCGCCCAUCUCCCGCCUCGACGACAACCCCAGCCCUGUCCCACCUCCCCCUCAUCCAGACAGCCAAUGUUUCCCAAAAGACCAAAGAAAAGCGCAAGGAAAUGAAGCGCCGCAUGAAGCAAGACCCCUACGGCUGGGCCCAAACCCAACAGCGCAAAAACGCCAACCUCCGCCGCCGCGCCGAGCUCGAAGCCGAACGCAAAGAAGCCUGGGGCUCCCCCAUCCACGGCAUCACCACCCCCUUCGUCGAAUCCUUCGACUCGGGCGGACAAGCCCCCCUCUCCACCCCCCCAGUCGACGGCGACGGCAACCCCCUCGCCCCCCCUCACGAGCUCCCCAUCUCCCCCCACCUGGCCAACUACCUCCUCACCAAAGAAGAGAUCGAGCAGGCCAUUGAGCAGUCCAAGCGCCUGACCAAACCCCUCGACGAGGACACCCACACCGACCUCAAACAGCACGAGGAGAACGUCGCAAAGGCCAUCAUUGCCCUCCAGCGCAUCACAGACCUCAACAAUGGCUCCGCAAAGGACAGGAAACACGCCAACAAGCGCCGCUGCAUCGAGACCUUUGGCCGUCACGUCACCGACGUCACCCUCGACCACGCCGCCCCCCACCCCUCCAUCAAUGCCCCGCAGGGACCCAAGCCCGUCCGCGCCGGCCCAGACACGGGAAGCAGCGAGGUCCAGAUCGCCAUUCUAACCUCCAAGAUCAGAGCCGUGGCUCUCUCGCUCGAGGGGCACAAGGGCUACAAGGACAAGAACAACAAAAGGAGUCUGAGAUUGCUCCUCCACAAGAGGCAACGGCUUCUCAAGUACAUGGAGAAGAAGGAGAGGGGGAGUGAGCGGUGGCAGUUUAUGCUCAAGACGCUGGGCAUCACCCCGGCGUGCUGGAAGAACCAGAUCGAGGUUUAAUGAAUUAUACCCCCUGGAAAGCAAAAAAAGUGAGAUGUGUAUAAAAAAGACAGCAAGAUGUAUAACGUCCUUUAUGUACAAUAUACACAAUACCGAACCAAAAGAGAUGAGACAAACCCCGC